AUGAAUCAAGGCAAAAAACUAUCGAUAUCAGAGCCAUUUGAACUAUUACAUCACAUCCAUAUAACUGUUAACGCAAAAGGAACGUAUCUUAAUGUUCCACGCUCUAUGAUUGAGCACAUUCCAAGUGGUUUUUCCGGAGAGGCUAUUGAUGAUAAUACAAUAGAUCCACAAAUGCUUCCAGAAAUAUCAUGUAAAACAAAACUCAAAAUUUCCAAGCCCACAGAUGUCGAGCACAAAAUUCAUGUCUCAUUAGACAGUGAAAAUGGUCUAAUUGGCUUACCAUCAGAAUAUGAGUGCUUACUGAAAAAUAGUGGAUUAACUAAAGAUGAUGUAAUUUCUAAUCCUGAGAGUACAGUUGACGUUCUUAAUUUCUUUAAUAGUGAACCGGCACAAAUCGAUGAAUACGAACCUGAUACAAAGUCAGCAGAUGUACUACCCCCACUUGAAGAAGUAAUAAAAUAUCAAGAUCCUCGUCCACUUCUACAAAACAUGCAAGUAAUUGAUGAAGGUAGUACAUGCAUUAUUUAUACAGCUAUUUAUAAUGGAAUAGAAGUUGCAGUGAAAGAAAUGCAUUUAAAUGAAAAGAAAGAAAAAUAUUUACUUGACGAAACAAGAUUAAUGUAUACAAUGAAGGAUGAACAUAUUAUUCGAUUUUAUGAUGCAUAUAAAGACGGAAAUACUCUUUGGAUAAUUAUGGAAUACAUGGAUGCUGGCGCGCUUACAUAUGUUGCUCGCUAUUGUGAUUGUAUGGAGCCACACAUUGCAUACAUAGCACGCGAAAUCCUACUUGCCCUUAAGUAUAUACAUUCUCAAAAUAAAAUUCAUCGAGAUAUUAAGACAGACAAUGUAUUACUAUCUCAAAAGGGCCACGUAAAGUUAGCAGAUUUCGGAUAUGCAGCUCAACUUACUACAGCAGCUGAAAGAAGAAAUUCAAUGGUCGGAACUCCAUUUUGGAUGGCACCUGAACUUAUACAACGCACACCAUAUAGUUUUGCCGUUGAUAUAUGGUCACUUGGCAUAUUGUGCAGAGAACUUGCAGAAGGUGAACCUCCAUAUGUUGAUGAACCACCAAUGAGAGCUACGUUUUUAAUUGUUAUAAAAGGUAUACCAGAAAUAUCUGAUAAAGAAAGUAGAUCACCAGAAUUACUUGACUUUUUAGAUAAAUGCUUAAGAAAAGAUCCAAAAUUAAGACCAACAGCAGAGGAGCUGCUUAAUCAUCCAUUUCUCAAAUGUGCAUGCGAUCAAAAAUAUAUUCCACCACUUAUUAAACUCGCAAAGAGACUUGCUGAUGAAGAUGAACAGUUUUCUAAUUUCUAG